AUGAGUCAUGAAGGGAGAAUAGGGAGCUCCGGACUCCCCAUACUGGCAUCGAUAUGUCGCGAAUCCCCUACUGCUCGGGUAGGUCGAAUUCUAAUCUGGUUGAGUUGGUUCAACCUUGGUUCUCCCAUUAUUGGUUCGACCGCUUUUGGUUCGACCAAUAUUGGUCGACCGGUUCGUUGCUGCCUGAUCUCAGCAGCUUGUCCCACCUCGCUCGAGCAGCUUAGGCUGCCCAAGUUCCCACCUAGGCCGGCUCCCAUCUUCGAUAAGCCCAUUAAGCUUAGUUCAUCAUCUCUUGGGUCCGUCCCCAGCCAACCUAGCCCAUUGGGUUGUGGUCUGUGUCCAAACUCAUCUCCUGAUCCAUGA